AGUUUAACGAUUUAUUAAAAAAAAAAAAAACUCGACGAGCUUCGUUUGUUUUCGCGGCCUGAACCGUUAGUGUGUGUGUGUGUGUGUGUGUGUGUGUGUGUGUGUGUGUGUGUGUGUGUGUGUGUCAGGUGGUGUGUGUGUGUGUGUAUCUGCAUUGCAGCCCGGCCGCUGCUGCUGCUGAUGGAAUUCAAACACACAACAAUGGCGACGACUCCCGGUCCGAACAACUCCACGACGACGACACCGAGCGGCCACAACAACAGCAGCGGCAACAUCAACACCGGCGGCGGCAGCAACAACGCCGGAUCCGCCGCUAACCACCACCACCAGUCCCAGUCUCAACACAUCACCACCAUGAGCAGCAUGCAGGAGUCCAACACCUGCUGGAGAUGUCAGAGUGAAACAGGGUUUCAGAUAAACCUGUCUGGAGCUCCCCCAAGUAAACGCAAAGCCCUGAAGCUGAACUUUGCCAACCCUCCGAUCAAACCCACGACUAGAUUCACACUGAACACGGCCGGGCCGCCCUUUCAGAACCCGCACAUAGAGCGACUGAGAACACACAGUAUUGAGUCAUCAGGAAAGUUGAAGAUCUCUCCGGAGCAGCACUGGGAUUUCACGGCCGAGGAUCUCAAAGAUUUGGGCGAGAUCGGCCGCGGAGCUUACGGCUCCGUCAAUAAGAUGGUGCACAAGCCGAGUAACCAGAUCAUGGCGGUCAAGAGAAUUCGAUCAACGGUCGACGAGAAGGAGCAGAAGCAGCUGCUGAUGGACUUAGACGUGGUCAUGAGAAGUAGUGAUUGUCCCUACAUCGUGCAGUUUUAUGGCGCUCUGUUCAGAGAGGGUGACUGUUGGAUUUGUAUGGAACUUAUGGCUACCUCGUUAGACAAGUUUUACAAAUUUGUAUAUUGCUCAUUAGACGACGUGAUUCCAGAGGAAAUAUUAGGAAAAAUAACAUUAGCUACUGUGAAGGCACUUAACCACUUAAAAGAAAACUUGAAAAUAAUCCACAGAGACAUUAAGCCGUCAAACAUCCUCCUGGACAGGAACGGCAACAUAAAGCUGUGCGACUUCGGCAUCAGCGGUCAGCUCGUGGACUCCAUCGCCAAAACCAGAGAUGCAGGCUGCAGACCAUACAUGGCUCCAGAGCGAAUAGACCCCAGCGCGUCCAGGCAAGGCUACGACGUCCGCUCAGAUGUUUGGAGUUUGGGGAUCACACUGUACGAGUUGGCCACGGGACGGUUUCCCUACCCGAAGUGGAACAGUGUGUUCGAUCAGCUGACCCAGGUGGUGAGAGGAGAACCGCCGCAGCUCAGCAACUCGGACGAGAGGCGCUUCUCCCCCAAAUUCAUCUCCUUUGUCAACGUGUGCCUUACAAAGGACGAGUCGAGGAGGCCAAAGUACAAAGAGCUACUGAAAGAUCCGUUCAUCCAGAUGUACGAGGAGCGCUCGGUCGACGUAGCCGGUUACGUCUGCAGGCUCCUGGAUCAGAUGCCGGCGUCUCCCAGCUCGCCGAUGUACAUGGACUGAUAUCAGGACGACGAGACGAGAAUAAAUAUUACAAAGCAGUCUGCAACAAGAAGAAAAAAACAAAGUAAAGGAAACAGAAUCCUCGUGUAAAUUUGCUUGGUCCCCUUAUUGCAGUGUUAAAAGAGAAUUUAAAGCCUGAAAAAAAAAAAAAAAACACCGUCUCUGAUGGUGAUGUCUGUAUAAUAUAUCAACGUUAAACACUUCUGUUUCUCUCUCGUGCACAAACACUCAGACGCACAGUAAGUCAUGUAAGUAUAAUAGCAGCUGAAUCAAUCAAUCAUGACUCAUCUCUGAUGAGGACGCAUCUCAGUGGUUAGUACAGUGAUUUAAAAAAAUAAAAGAAAUAACCUGGAACUUGUAUUUAUAGAACCAAAAAAAAAAAAAAACAACAAAAAAAAUGAUGUGGAGUCUUUUGAUUUGGAGAUUCUUCUUCAGCAUACUGGAAUCACGCUCUUUGUGAAUUGUCCCCACUUCUUCCAUGUACGUAAACGAAAGCAUCGUGUUUGGUAUCUUUAAUGGAACUUUGCUUCUCUGGGUAUAAAAAGCAGUUUAAAAAAAAAUGAAAUAAAAAACAAACAAACAAACAAACAAACGUGUCUGUGGUCAGAAUCAUGUUAGACCUGCAGUCCGAGUCAGUGCUGAGAGGCGGCUGUCCUCACUGUGCAACGGACGAUAUGCUGAUAUACGAAUAAAGAAAGAUAAA